AUGUAUACCAAGACGAUCCUCGCCAUCGCCUCGGCUGCCUUGAUCGGCAACGUUGCCGCCUACGAGGACACCCCGGUCAUCAACAACAACCCCCACGGCGUCACCUACUCUGGCACCCUGCCCGACAAGCCUUUCUUCAAGCAGGCUGACCUCGUCGGCAACGUUGUCGGAUCCAUCUCUGCCACUGCUCCCGAGGACGGUGUUGGUACAAAGUUCACCGUCAAGUUCUCCAACUUUCCCAAGUCUGGUGGUCCCUUCAUCUACCACCUCCACGUCAAGCCCGCUGUCGGCGGUAACUGCACCGCCACUCUCGGUCACCUCGAUCCCACCAAGCGCGGCGAUUUGCCCGCCUGCGACGACUCCAAGCCCUCAUCUUGUCAGGUCGGCGAUCUCAGCGGCAAGCAUGGAAAGAUCACCACUGAUCCUUUCAUCGCCGAAUUCGUCGAUCCUUUCGUGUCGCUCGAGCCUGGCAGCCCUGCCUUCUUCGGAAACGCUUCCUUUGUCGUUCAUUAUGCCAACACCACCCGCCUGACCUGUGCCGACUUUCACCUGGUAGAUACUCUCCCGUCUCCGUCUCCUGACUGCGGCCAGGCUCACCCUACCGGUGGUUACGCCUCCCCUUCGGCUUCGCGCGGCGUCGGCAGUCCUACCAUCGGCAACCCCGUUCCUACGGUUCCCAUUACUGCUGGGGCCGCCAAGAUGGCUGUCGCCGCUCCUCUCUUUGCCAUUGCUGCCGCUGCUAUGAUGCUCUGA